AUGAGCGCGGAGGGAAGCGGCACGAUCCGCAGCCGCAUCAGGAGUCUGCUGCGCUCACCGUCCAUUAAACUGAGGCGGCGGAGCGGCGGAGCGGCAGCGCGGCACAAAGAGUCUCUGACUGACAGGGUGACCUUGGAGAAGGUUCUUGGUAUCACGGCUCCAGGGAACCGAGCUCUGUCCUGCGACCCCCGAACUGGACUGCUGGCUUAUCCUGCCGGGUGUGUAGUCGUCCUGCUGAAUCCUCGGAAGAACAAACAGCAUCAUAUCUUCAACAGCUCCAGGAAGACGAUCACAACGUUGGCUUUUUCUCCUGAUGGGAAAUAUGUUGUUACAGGAGAGAGCGGCCACAUGCCGGCGGUGCGGGUGUGGGAGGCGUCGGAGCGUCUGCAGGUCGCUGAGCUGCAGGAACAUAAAUACGGAGUCGCCUGCGUCACUUUCUCUCCUAACGGCAAAUACAUCGUCAGCGUCGGCUACCAGCACGACAUGAUGGUCAACGUCUGGAACUGGAAGAAAAACGUUGUCAUAGCAGCCAACAAGGUUUCCAGUAAGGUGACCGCCGUCUCCUUCUCAGACGACAGCUCCUACUUCGUUACCGCCGGCAACCGCCACGUCAAGUUCUGGUACCUGGACCACGGCAAGACCUCCAAGGUGAACGCCACCGUCCCUCUGCUGGGGCGUUCAGGGCUGCUGGGAGAGCUCAGGAACAACUUCUUCAGUGACGUGGCGUGUGGCCGCGGCCGGCAGGCGGCGUCCACCUUCUGCAUCACGUCCUCCGGGCUCCUCUGUGAGUUCAACGACCGCCGGCUGCUCGACAAGUGGGUCGAACUCAGGGUGAGGGGAGGGGGAGGGGGGGCUGGUGAGGUGCGGCCUCUCCCCGGCUCCUUCCUGUCCUGCUCCUCAGAUAACACGAUCCGCCUCUGGAACAUCGACAGCCUGAACCUGCUGAACAGGAACAUCCUGAGUCAUGACCUGCAGCAGGUGAUCUACGUGGACACAGCGAGCCUGGUGGACACGGAGAGCGUCGCCGUCAGCAGCUCAGAGAAGACAGACAGCCAGCAGGACCAGAGCAGGGCGGGCAUUAGGACCCUGAGAGUCAGUCCUGAUGGGCUGCACCUGGCCUCUGGAGACCGCAUGGGAGUCCUCAGGAUCCAUGAUCUUCUCAGCAUGGAGGAGAUCAUGAACGUUCAGGCUCAUGAUUCAGAGAUUCUCUGCCUCGAGUUCUCCAAACCAGAUACAGGUCUGCAGCUGCUCGCCACGGCGAGUCGGGACCGUCUGAUCCACGUCCUGGACGCCAGCAGCGAGUACAGUCUGGUUCAGACUCUGGACGAACACUCGUCCUCCAUCACUGCCGUCCGAUUCGCUGCCAAUGAGGGCAAAGUGAGGAUGAUCAGCUGCGGAGCCGAUAAGAGCGUUUACUUCCGCACCGCUCAGCAGACGGCCGACGGGCUGGAGUUCACCCGAACGCACCACGCGGUGAGGAAGACCACGCUGUACGACAUGGACAUCGAACCCACCAGGAAGUACGCUGCUGUAGGCUGUCAGGACCGCAGCAUCAGGAUCUUUAACAUCAGUAAUGGGAAACAGAAGAAGUUGUAUAAAGGCUCUCAGGGAGAAGACGGCACGCUCAUCAAGGUGCAGAUAGACCCCUCUGGUCUCUACAUCGCCACUUCCUGUUCAGAUAAGAACAUCAGUAUAUUUGACUUCUACUCUGGAGAGUGUGUGGCCACCAUGUUCGGACACUCAGAGAUCGUCACAGGUCUGAAGUUCACCAGUGACUGCAGACACCUGAUCACCGUCUCAGGAGACAGUUGUAUCUUUGUGUGGCGUCUCAGUCCUGAGUUGACCAUCAGGAUGAGGCAGCGACUUGCUGACCUCCGACCUCCCAGCGGCACCCAGAGCUCCCAGAAUGCACCUCAGCAGCGGGCGGGAAACCUCAGCAGGGAGGUGUCGUCUCCUCGUGUCGUCACCAUGUCGUCUGACAGCGAUAAGGAGGAAGAGGAGGAGGAAGAGGAAGAACUUGUCUGUCCUUAUAUGGUCACAGCAGGAAGCCUGGAGGAGGAGACAGAUCCGUGUGAGGAGACGUUGGACUCUCAGAGCUGCAGGAAGGAAGCGGCGGCGAAUCGGCUCCCUCGGCGCCGUUGGUCCCAGAGGACGGGGAGCGCUGACGGCGUCCUGAUGGUGAAGUCCAUGCUGGACCUGAGACUGCUGGACUCCUUCAAACCAGAGGAGCUGCAGGAGGAGCAGAUGGAGAUCUUGAACCCCAAACUGCUCCUGAUGAGCCAGCAGGGAAGACACGCCCCCUCGAUGACGGGACCGCCCCCCUGCAGCACGAGGAGGAGGGGCUACGCUGCGGAGGCGGGACAUCACAGGACCAAUCAGGAGCUGGGGAGCACCAUCAGCCUGCAGGUCACCACAGCAUGGGCUGAGGACAGCGAGGCGAGGACCAAUCAGAGGCCAGACUUCAUCUCACUGUCCAAUCAGAGCCAAGACAGGGAGGACCCGGUGCUGUAUCCUGACCAAUGGGAGGACAGAGUGAGCCUGGCUGGCAGUGAGUUCCAGGUGAAGGAGGCGGGACGACACGACAAACCAAGUCCAGACAGUGGCUGCUCACUGGGAUUCAACUCCAGACUGUCCAGUCCAGACAGACCUGCAGGAGACGACUUGGAGCACAUUGAGCCUCUCAGGAGUGGACACUCCUCUGAGGUGGAGAUGGAGGAGGACGAAGAGGAGGGAGGAGGAGCAAGAGCAGCAGGAGCAGGAGGAGCAGCAGGAGAGGAGGAGGAGGUCAGAGUGUCUCAACUCGUCCCUCAGACUCCAGACCAGGAAGCUUUCCUGAAGGAACAUUUUGUCACACUGGCCGAGCUCUCAGGUUCAGGGAGUCCUAGCAGAGGGUCUCACAGCUCCAGUGAGAGUCUCAGCAUCUCCUCCAGGUUCCUGUCCCAGAGUUCAGCUGCAAGUCGGCCGGUGCUUCCUCUCUCCUCUCGGGCCACUGGAUCAGGAUCAGGAGGAGGGGGGGCAGAAGUGAAGACCCGUCCUCUGGUCUCUGAGGUCCGACCUCUGAUGGAGCAGAACCAGAACCGGAACCAGGACCGGAGGGUGUCAUGGAACCAGGGCCAAACCCAGCCUCCUCAGGUCCAGAACCAGGUCCAGAACCAGGUCCAGAACCAGGUCCAGAACCAGGUCCAGGCCGGCUGCUCCUCCCCCCCCCCGCAGCGUCCCACCACCCUCCCCUCCUCCCCCAGACGCCCCUCCUCCGUAGCUCCUCCCUCUCAGAGACCUAGCCCCGCCUCCCCUCGCUCCCCCCAGCAGGAAAUAGCUGUUGCCGCGGCAGCCGUCGCCACAGCAGCCGUCGCCACGGCAGCCGUCGCCGCGACGACGCCCAGGAAGUCCUCCUCCUCUUCGUGCUCAUCGUCUCGUUCCUACAUGAGCCCGACGGCCAGCUCCAUGGCCAAGAUCUCCCGCUCCGUCUCCAUGGGCGACAGCCUCAACGAGCCCCCCGAGGACCACGCAGUGACAUCAUCAUCUUCAUCAACUUCCUCAACAGCGGCAGCAGCAGGCGGGGGGGUGACCUCCUCCUCCUCCUCCUCCUCUCAGGUCAAAGAGACUCCACCUCCUCUUGUUGCUGUGGUGCCCUCCAGCGCGGCUCUGGCUGCGCCUCCUCACGCUGCUGUCGCCCCCGUUGUCGUUGCCUCCCCCACCUCCUCAUCUUUGGGUAACCAUGGUAACCAGACGGCGCCUCCCGCCCGUGGUCUCCAGGCGCGAGUCCCCGGCGGCAGCAGACCGCUGCCAGACAAACUCUCCCUCGCCUCCUUCUCUCCCUCCACCAAGACCUCCUCCACUCGGCCUCCUCCCGUCUCCGUCUCCCCCCUGACACCCCCCCCCCCAGGAGGAGGAGCCCCAGACUGCGGCGGGAGCCAAUCAGCUGUCAGUGACCUCUUCUCUCUCUUUGCAGACGAGCCAAUCAGUGUGGAGAACUGCAGAGCUCUGACCAAUGAGCUGCAGAGCUGCUUUAGGAGAGCGACGCACCUGUACCGCCAGGUGAGCGGCUCCUGUUCAGGUGACUCCGCCCCCGAACAGCAUCAGAUGGCCGUCGUCCUAUCAGAAGCCUUCCAGGCCAUGAGGGCGGAGCUAGACUCGCUGCCGGGCAUGCUGGGAGGAGAGGGGGGGCUGCUGGGAGGAGAGGGGGGGCUGCUGGGGGGGGCCAAGACGGCGGCGCUCCUGGAGGAGUAUUCACUGCUCCUCCUGCAGGCGGUGCAGCAGAGAGUCCACAACAGCUAG